UAUGGCGUCUCUUUGUGAAGUGUAUUUAGUUCAGUUGGUUAUACUGGCCAUCCAUGCCAGUUAAAGAAUCGUUUUGUUGUAAAGAUGUUUAUUAAUGCAUCUAAUUGUUUUGGAUAGAUGGCUUCAUGUUAAUAUUAUUUUGUAUUUUGUAAAUUCCACAUGGCAGAUAAUUUUUUGUGUUUGAGAUUUAUUUGUUUAUUGUGUUUUAUUCUUUGUAUUCUAGAUAUAUGUCAUGGUUAUCUUUAUAUUUGUCUUAAUUGAAAGUGAAAGUAAAUGUACAGUAGUGAUGUGUGACCAUUUUAAACAAACACAAUCAUUUAUAAAACUGAAUGUCUUUAAAUAUCUAAUAGAAUCAUUUAUAAUCACUAUAAAGGAGAAUUUCUCUUCAGCUGUUUGAUAGAAACAUGUAGGGAUUUUAUAUUAUAGUUUUCACCCUGAAAGCAAAUAAACAAUGGGUGUUUCCUGCUGAUUGUCAAUCUUAAAAAGUCCAAAGAUCAUCAUGAUAUGUGACUAACCCUGUGCGUUUGAGGGAAGAUCUCGUCAGAUGAAUUAUAAAGACUCUGAUUUCUGUAGAUGUUGUGAUUGUUUGUCUCUGUUAUCUAGACUCUGUAGAGAUCACACUGAUCAGAUCCAUCAUGGACAAAACCCAAACAUCUAAAGGAAAUGAAGGUUUUCUUACAGGGUGCAGAGAUGAGCAGAGUGGAGACCACCAGAACGAUUCCCACCAACCAGUGAAUAAUGAACUACAGAGAGUCAAAGACCAGCACAAAACCAGCAUGAAGAACAAGUAUGAGAGAUUAUUAGAGGAAAUCAACCUAGACGAGACUCAAACUGUCCUGAAAAAGAUCUGCGUUAUAGAGGGAGAGAGUGAAGAAGUGAUUGAAGAACAUGAGGUUGUACAGAUGUGGAAGACAGUCAGAACACAACACUCACAAGACACUCCAAUCUACUGCAAUGACAACUUUAAAGCCUCACCUGAACCAGGAUGUGAGGAGAAAGACCAGAUCAAGACUGUUCUCACUAAAGGCAUCGCUGGAAUCGGAAAAACCAUCUCUGUGCAGAAGUUCAUUCUGGACUGGGCCGAGGGAAAAGCCAAUCAAGAUGUAGAUUUCAUGUUUGUGCUUCCAUUUCGAGAGCUGAACUUAAUCCGAGAUCAUCAGUACAGUCUUCACAGACUUCUGCAGGACUUUCAUCCUGAACUUCAAAAUCUGGACUCAAAGAUUUAUGAGGAGUGUAAAGUUGUGUUUAUUUUUGAUGGUCUGGAUGAAAGCAGAAUCACACUGAUGUUUUCAGAUGAUCAGAAAGUUUGUGAUGUGACUGAGACUUCAUCAGUGAGUGUGUUGAUGUCAAACCUCAUGAAAGGAGAGCUGUGUUCUUCUGCUCUGAUCUGGAUCACCUCCAGACCAGCAGCAGCCAAUCAAAUUCCCUCCAAAUACAUCAACCGUGUGACAGAAAUUCAGGGAUUCACUGAGCCUCAGAAGGAGGAAUAUUUCAGGAAGAGAAUCAGUGACCAGCAUCAAGCCAGCAGAAUCAUCUCACACAUCAGAAGAGUAAGAAGCCUCCACAUCAUGUGCCACAUCCCCAUCUUCUGCUGGAUCUCAUCCACUGUGCUUGAGAAGCUCCUGGAAGAAGAUCUGAAUGCAGAAAUCCCUCAAACUCUGACUGAAAUGUACAUUCACUUUCUGCUGAUUCAGAUCAACACGAGGAACCAGAAGUAUGAAGAAAGAGAUCCAGAGAAGCUCCUGAAGUCCAACAGAGAAGUGAUUGUGAAACUUGCUGAAGUGGCUUUCAAACAGUUGAUGAAAGGCAAUGCGAUGUUCUAUGAGGAGGACCUGAUUGAGAGCGGCAUAGAGGUCAGUAAUGACUCAGUGUAUUCUGGGAUUUGCACAGAGAUCUUUAAGGAGGAAUCUGUGAUUUAUAAGAAGAAGGUCUACAGCUUCAUCCAUCUGAGCUUUCAGGAGUUUCUUGCAGCUUUCUAUGUGUUUUACUCUCAUAUGGCCAACAAAGAAUUGCAGCAGUUUCUUAAUCUCUCUUUAUAUAAGGUGUUAAAAACCGCAGUAGAUAAAGCUCUUGAGAGUAAGAAUGGACACCUGGAUCUGUUCCUACGGUUCCUGCUGGGCAUCUCACUGGAGUCCAAUCAGAGACUCUUGCAGGAUCUACUGACACACACAGAGAACAGCUCAGAGACCAUCAGGGAAAUAACCCAGGACAUUAAAGAGAUGAUCAAAGAUGAAUAUAAUUGUUAUCGUCUCUCAGAUGGUCGGUCCAUUAAUCUCUUCCUCUGUCUCGAGGAAGUAGAGACUCUAUCCAAACAAAUUCAGGACUUCCUAAAAUUAGACAAACACUCAGAUUAUGAAUUCUCUCCAUCUUUCUGCUCAACAAUCACCUACAUGCUUCAGAUGUCAGAGGAGGUGCUGGAUGAGCUGGAUGUUCAGAAAUACAGCCCAUCAACUGAGGGGAGACAGAGACUCAUACCAGCUGUGAGCAACUGCAGAAGAGCUCUAUUUGCUGGAUGUGGUCUCUCUGAUCAACACUGGGAAAAUGUUUGCUCAGCUUUACAGUCAUCAAACUCCCAUCUUAGAGAAUUAGACCUGAGUACCAAUGAACUGCAUGAUUCAGGAGUUAAGCUGCUCUCUGUUGGACUGAAGAGUACCCAUUGUCAACUGAACAUACUGAGGUUGUUUAUUUGAUUCCCACAUAGUGACCAAACUAUACAGCCUGGUUCUUAGCUACCUAACUCGCUAGCUAACCCUCACCAGCUAUUCAUACCUUACACAGCCUACAGAGCUGUUCCCCUUACAGGUAAUUUAACACCUCUUUACGUACUUGCAUUUGGUGUUUUCCACCAAGAAUGCCAAUGUGUCCCCAGCCCUGUAACCUCACGAGGAUCACCCGGAAACCCAGUAGAGCACUGUGAUGGAUCUUUCAGCCUAAAGCAGCCAAUGGCCUGCAAUGGCAGAGAAAGGAACAGUGAGACUGUGACACAAGUGGACACCUGAUAUCUAUAACUUCAACCACCAGGAGCUGACUAACAUUAUUUUCUCCUUGGCCCAUACCCCUCAAGGGCCUCAGACAGGAGGUAAAUAAACUGAACCUGCAAGUCACAGAGUUUUGCAGGGAAGUGAUACCCGCUUGACGAGAGAGGUAAUCAGUCUUCAGGAGCUGGAAGAAGUCAUCAGACAGGACUUGGAAAGAGAACUGUUUCACACAAAGUUACUGUUAAAAAUGUUGUAUGUUGAAUAUUGUAUAAGAGAGACACUAAAGCUAAGGCAUUUGAAGGCCAUCUGCAUGCUGAUCAUGUUGCAUGAUCUGCAACAUAAAGAGGAGCAUGACAUGGUUCACAGAAAACUGAAACAGUACUAAUGACUGCACAUGGACUCAAGAAAAAAAGCCUGAGCAUCACACAGUCUUCAGCAUUGCCACAAUACAUGGCCCUUCUACAGAAAUCAACUAGCCAGCGGAGGACAGAGCUGUCACCAAGGCAAUAGAUCCAGGUUCCAGACCAGUCACUUGCAGGAGCCCUGGUAGGUCGUUGAACACCAUGGUAUGUCCAACAGCAGUCCACCGCAACAUCCUCCUCUACAUUCUUCACACAGGUGCCAAACGGAGACAGCUGGACACACCUACUCCUGAGCUACGGGAGCUGCUGACAGAAGCAACAAAGACAACGUUGAAUGGAGUAAUCGGCCCACACGCCCAAAAGCGAAACCUCUACUAACACAACAAGCUCAAAUCAGUGCUGCCACAAACAUCAGACUUCUAGUGACAUUACCAGAUCAGUCUAAAACUCUCUUCAAACUACAAAAUCUUGUCUAAUCUAGCUGUUCCACACUGUGGCUCCCCUCACUGAUGGGAGUCUAGGCUUACUCCACAAGGAGUAUAGCAGACUCAUGGGUCUGUUUGUCCCUGUAUUGGACAUCUGCAGUGCUGUGGGUUGGUCCACCCCCUCUACCUUCGUCCGUUUCUGUGCAUUGGACAUUGGUAUGACCAGAGUCUAGUGGUUUUUGUUGAGACAUAGACAAAGGGCAGUGACUUGGAACCCUAGUGGCUUAGGCAUCUCUUUCCCAUAGUGCUUUGGAUGCAGUUCAAAUUCCCCAAAAAAUCCCAUCUCCAGGUUAUGAAUAUAACUAUGGUUCCUUGAGGGAACGAGACACUGCGUCCUGUUGCCAUACUUCUGGCAACCCUGCCAGCGCAGAUCUUCAUGAUUUUGAACCUGGUGCCUUUAUGCUUUCCUGGGCUCUGACUUUUCCCUCAAGAAACCAUGUUUAUAUUAAUAACCUGGAGAUUUUUUUUUCAUUUAGCCCCAUUUUUUUUCAUUAUAAUACUGGGAUAGUUUUAAAUUUACUUGCAGACUGGAGACUCGUCUUCCUUCAAAUUAAUUUCAAUAACUUUAAAAAUAAAAAAAGUUUAUUUAAUAAUUUUUUUUCUCUGUUAGCUGGCACCUAAUGGAAUUGAAGGAAACUCUGCAGGGACAUGAGCCAAACAGAAUUUAAAUAACAGACUUAAUAAUAAAAACAAACAAAAAAAUGUUUCACUGUGAGUCACACAGUAUUGAUUGUUUUGCUUACAUUUACCAACAAAAAUAUAAAGACAUAGCAGAACUGUUUGUCUUCAAACAACACAGAGGUGAAUGAACCACCUACUUAAAUGAAUCAGCUAUUUUAACAAAUCAAAUGACUUGAUUACUUAAUCAUUAAUACAUUUACCAUCGCCUAUUGGCAGAUAUGGUUUAAUGAAUUCAUACUCUAAAUAAUGAAAUAAAUAAUAAAAAUAAUUUUAUAUUUUCACAAUAAUGAAAUUAAUAAUAUAAAUAAAUGAAGGUAUAGUUGACUGACUCAAAAAUUACAGUGGUGUUAUUGUUUGCUUACAUGGUCUAAAACAUUUAUUAAUGAAGCUACUUUUUAAAUGUUUGAUAUUUUACACAACAACUUCAAAAUAUGUUUUAGCAGUAAAUUCUCAGGAUAAUUUGAUCUGUGAUUAAUUAAUUAAACAACAUCAUGCAAUUGUGAGAUUAAACAUUUUAAUGGCUUCCCAGCCCUAGUGAAUACACCUUACGAUUUUACAAGUAAUAUGAGUUCCAGAUUAUAAGAGAUAACAAUAUUAAUAUCACUGUGUUGUUUUCCACACAGGCUACAGUUCUGUAAUCUUAAUUCUCAGUCUUGUAAAUCUUGUUUGUAAUCAGUUUUGUGCUCAGAGAGCUGGACUUGAGUUACAAUGACCUUUCUGAUGGACUGAAGAGUCCAAACUGGCAGCUGAAGAUACUGAUCUUAAGAGUUUCAAAAACUUGACUGUUUCUCCCAAUAGAUUAAUUACUAAAAGUCACACUAUUAUGUUUGGUGUUAUAUAUGAACUGUUUUUAUCUAUAAACUAUUUUGUUUCCUUGUUCAGAUUGUCCAUGUGUAAUCUCACUGGUCAGUGUUGUGAGAGUUUGUCCUCAGUUUUACAAUCUUCAGACACAGUCCUGAAAGAGCUGGACCUCAGUAACAAUAACCUGCAGGAUUUUGGAGUGAAGCUGCUUUCUGAUGGACUGA